AUGGAUACCAGUUCUCUUUCGUCGCUCGACUCCGACACGCCACAGGGUCUUGAAGCAGCGCAGCGGGCGGACUCGGUUCGUGCUGUUUCGCGCGCUGCCACGGUUACACGCACCAGAACAGUCACGUCGCUGGCUUCCACCGUUUCUAGGGGUGUGAGAAGUGCUAGGCAAUAUGUCGAGCAGGCCCGGCUCGACGACCUCCAGACGCCUCGGGAAGCUCUGCAGGGCUGCGACACGGUCGAUCUCGAGGACGCCAUACGGAUCGCCACCAACAGGUCCGAACGGGCGGGUCCCGAAGCGCAAUUGGCACCCCGUGAUGAAAGACCAGACCUCCCGCCUUUGGAUCAAGGGUACUCCUGGGCCAUCUGCGGAGCCGUCUUCACCAUGAUGCUGGCUACCUGGGGAGCCAACGGUUGCUACGGAGUUUUCCUGAAUUUCUGGCUCCAAAACGAUACGUUUUCCGGGUCCAGUGCCACAGAUUUUGCUCUGAUUGGCAGUUUGGUCCUCGCGCUCGCACAGGCCUUGGCGCCCCUUGCACAAAUGGCCUCUGCCAUCUUCGGCAAGAAAGUCGUCAUGCUCUCCGGUGUUGUGCUCCAGUCGGCCGGUUACCUGCUGGCAUCGUUCUCCAAAAAGCUCUGGCAAUUAUACCUCACCCAGGGCGUUUUGGUCGGGUUCGGGUUCGCUCUCGUGUUCAAUCCGGCCAUCGUCAUAUUCCCGCAAUGGUUUGACAAGCGUAGAGGCCUGGCUUCGGGAAUCAUCGUCUCUGCGAGCGGUAUAGCAGGUGUGGCUUUUUCGCUUGGAUCCCAGCAGAUCAUCAACCAAACAGGCAGUCCCGCGUGGGCUCAGAGAAUGCUGGCGAUUUUUUCCGUGGUUGCAAACACAGCUGCAGCGUUUGUACUGAAAUAUCGCGUGCCGUCGCAGCGUUUGCGCACCCGCCACGAGAUCAUCACCCGUUUCAACGUCCUGUUCAACGUCAAGGUGGUGAAACUGCCCCAGGUGCACUUGCUGACCCUGUGGUUUGUUCUCGUGCUCUCUUGCUACAUCAUGGCGCUCUUCUCGCUGUCUGCAUUCAGCACUUUUGUCGGCCUCACCUCGACCCAGGGAAGUCACGUGACAGCCAUCUUCAACGGGUGCCAGGCAAUAGGCCGGUUUAUGAUUGGAAUAAGCGCAGACUACGUGGGCCGCGUGAACCUGGCAGUGGUAUUGACGUUCAACAUGGUGGUUCUGAUCUUUGCCAUGUGGAUCAACGCCAUGACGGCCCCGGUGGUUUUCGCUUAUGCUGUGCUUUCAGGGCUGACGUUUGGCGUGGCUUCCACGCUGAACCAGCCGCUGUUGGCAGACUCGGUUGCUCCUGAGCUGUUUCCGUCCGCAUGGAGUUUUCAAAACUUCUGGAUGGGCGUGUUUACCGUUUUCUGCGAGGUGGUGGCACUCAAACUCAGAGAUAUGAGUCUGGACAGACCGUUCAUCAAGGCGCAGAUUUUCUGCGGAUGUUUUGCGUUUGCUGGGUUCUGCAGUAUUGUUCCGAUCAGAGAAUGGAAGAUCCGUAAGAUGCUUUAUGCGCGACAAGAGGCUUUGGAGGAAGUUCUUGACCAGCAAAAAGACUCGCAGGAGUUUGAAAAAAGACGCGAGACGUACGAGGCGCUGCUACAACGGGGCGCCGGAGCGUACCUUGCGAGACUGUUCUACCCGGUGCGGGCUUAA